AUGGAAGCCAUACGGAGCUUGGUUCGAUCAAUGUGGGGAGUCGAACUGGACGACGAUACCGAGAGAAAAUACAGAACAUGCCUUCGAUUUUGUCUUGUCCAUGGUCUGGAUCCGAUCGAGGAAAUUGAGUUUGUUAUUGGGCUGCUCAAAAAGAAUGCCGAAGCCCCUAAGCGCGUGCUCAAGGAGGCCUUGGAACAGAUUCGAAAAGAACUUGCAGGAGGAGAUACAACGGAGCAGCAGCUCAAUAGCAUCACUUCGAUGAGUGGGGUAGCCAUUCCUUCAGUAACUCAAAGCGUCAGGGACAGCACUCUCUGUCCAACGUUCGAUACCAACCGCGCUCUUGCCAAAGCCGCCCUCAUCAUGCUGGCGACGGAACUAGCCAUGGAUUCGAAUGAAGUCUCCGGGCAUUCUCUUACGGUUUGGAACGAUUCAGAAUCUUUGCGAAGUAUCAUAGAGUCCACUCUACCGAGACUUCGAGCCUCCACACAACCGGCGUAUUCCUCGCAAUCGCCCGCCUCGUCUCAGAUUCACCCGACCAAGCUCCGUGUCAAGUAUCUUGUUGAUUAUGCCGAUGUGGGGAUAAUCUGGACGAGACAUCUUCCCGAUCACCUCGAGCUGGAGGGAAAGAAAUCGAGGAUCUUCGAGGUUGCGUCGUACCUUGAGCUCUCAAGAACUGCAAUGAACGAUGAAGCAGGGGUCGGGCUAGCAGACUGCUUGAAACGGUGA